AGGGUUGCCGAGCAUUGGUUUGCAUAGACUCUGCGUGCACACGCACAUACCUCCCCCGCCCCUUUCCUUCUCCCCAUUCGCCAUGACCUCCCAUCUCACGACGUCCGUCGACUUCUACCUCCUGCUCGUCCCCGUCUUCUUCGGCUUCGUCCUCGCCUUCGUCGGGGGCCUGGGCAUUUAUCAGUGCACCACGCUGUCUCGUGUGACCCGCACGUACCGGAAGCGCAAUCGCGUGCUAGAGAGUCGCCUCAGCCACAGCCUCGCCUACGGUGGUGCGCGCGACGUCAACGCGGUGUACGACACCUUACGGGAUUGGGGCUAUGAGGACUUGUGCAGCGCCGCCGCGGAGAUUGUGCGAGACGGCAAGGACGACCGCAAGCGUAAGGGCUUCCGUGAUGUUCGCAACACUGCCAAUGGUGGCAACGAGGACCGUCACGGCGGCAGCUCGCGUCGUGCGUCUCACCGUCAGCCUACGACGGAGCAGCAGCAACAGCAACAGCAGCAGCUCAAUAGCGGCUCGCAGUCGCCGUCCUUCAUACUGGAUGAAGUGAGCAUGCUGGAUAGCGAUGAGGAGGAGUCCAACGAAUCCGAAACCUUUUUUUAA